CACUUCCAACAACCCCGUCCCAGAGUGUUUGAUUCUCACCACUCCUUCCAUCUUAUCCCAGCUCCUUCGCCGCAGCCUUUCACCAUGGGGCCCAAGCGACCGUCCCUCGCUACCGCCUUCCGGACUACAGACCUGCGAACCUCUCUGCGUCAACCCUCUGAACAGACCUCCAGCGGAAAUGCCCCCGCCCCAAAAGCAGUCAGUUUCGGCGGUGAUCGCCUGGCAGUUCAGGAGGACAUCAUCAGUGAACACUCUCCCUUACUCCGCCCUGGGUCGUCCGAGGAUGGUGGUGAACUUGUUAAGAUGAUUUCACCCGAGGAUAACUGGGUAGACGACGACCCUGUUAACGAAGAGACAAAGAGCACCCUGUUUCUGUUUCUGUUGACUCUCGGUGGGCUUGGUCUACAGAUUGGAUGGUCUGUCGAGACCUCCAAUGGUUCGCCGUAUUUGCUGUCUCUCGGUUUGAGCAAAUCUCUUCUCGCUCUCGUAUGGAUCGCUGGCCCUUUGUCCGGAACGCUCGUUCAGCCAUAUGUCGGAAUGAAAAGUGAUGAUUGUCGGAUUCGCUGGGGUAGACGGCGCCCUUUCAUUCUUGGUGGCACUCUUGCGACCAUAUUCUCUCUCAUGGUAUUGGCCUGGGCCAAGGAAAUCGUCACUGGAUUCUUUGGUCUCUUCGGCGCUGAGAGCCAAUCCACUCUUGUGGUCAACGGUGUCAUCUUCUUCGCCGUCCUGUUCGUCUACGUGCUUGACUUCGCCAUCAACGUCGUUCAAGCUGGUAUCCGAGCCUAUAUCGUUGAUGUCGCGCCCACUCACCAGCAAGAGUCUGCCAAUGCUUGGAUGAUUAGGUCUUCAGGAAUCGGAAACAUCCUUGGUUAUUUUGCAGGGAACGCUGAUCUACCUAAGAUGUUUCCAUUCCUUGGUGAUAACCAAUUCAAGGUCCUCUGUGCUAUUGCCUGCUUCAUUAUGGCACUCACAGUCGGCAUCAGUUGCUUCGCUGUGUCCGAGCGGGACCCCUCUCUGAAUGCAGCUCCCCAAGAGCAGGAGGGAGGCGUCUUGCAUUUCUUCAGAAGUCUUGCCCGCUCUGUGAAGACUCUUCCACCACAGAUCAAACGGGUCUGUGAAGUGCAGUUCGCUGCUUGGAUUGGAUGGUUCCCUUUCCUUUUCUACAUCACCACUUACAUUGGUGAGAUUUACUCUGAGCCUUUGUUUCAAGAGAACCCCAACCGAAGCGACGCGGAGAUCAAUCAGAUCAUCGAAGAAGGCACAAGACUGGGCGCUAGGGCUUUACUGAUAUUCUCCUUUACCACUUUCGCCGCUUCCAUUGUCCUACCAUUCAUUAUUCCUCCCACAUUCGAGGCCCCCGACGCUGAUCCUGCAACGCCGAUGACACCGACUACUCCGCGCUCCAUGACGGGCUCUGGAUAUUUUGCACUGAACGCGCCUGGAAAACGACCACCUAAGACUUGGUCGGGUCGAUUCUCGACUUAUAUCGACGCUUUACAGAUCAAGAGUCUCACCCUUCGUCGUUCGUGGUUUGUUUCGCACAUCAUGUUUGCAGUCAUUAUGGCCAUGACUUUCAUCGUGCGAUCGGUCUUCACCGCAACGAUAUUGGUCGCCCUGAUCGGUGUCCCUUGGGCUUUGACCAACUGGGCUCCGUUUGCCCUUAUUUCCUCUGAAAUCUCUAAGCGGGAUGCUAUUCGCAGAGGCGUCAUCCGCCCUAGUAUGCACGACCGCGACACGCAAUCUAUAAUGUCAGGGGAAGACGAUGUGCAAGAGUCUGGAGCCGAUCAAGCCGGCGUAGUGCUUGGGAUUCACAACGUCGCCAUUGCUGCCCCUCAAGUUAUCGCAACACUUGUCAGUGCAAUCAUCUUCAAGAUACUUCAAAAGCCAAGAGGGCAUCCAGGGGACAACAGUGUCGCGUGGGUGCUUCGAUUCGGUGGUUGCUGUGCGAUCGUUGCAGCAUAUCUCUCAUUGAGGGUCAAGGAAGAGAAAGAAGAUGAGAGCAGUGACUAA